AUUCGAACUCAGCGCACGCGCCGGGCGGCCGCGCAUCGCGCUUUAUCAAUAAACUAUUUUAAUACCUACCCUCAAUACCACAGUAUCAAUAGAUUUUGUUAUUAAAAAUAUAUAUAUAUAUACAAAUAAUCGUCUUACAAACAAUACACACUUGAACCGAGUGACAGUUUAUCUUUAGUGCUAUAAUUAAUUACAAUUAAUAUCUGUAAAUAAAUAAACAAUAACCUUUGAAAGUGGAACAGAGAGGGUGUGAUAGUAUACAUUGGUGGAGAGUGGACUGUUUACUUCCUAAUGAGUUCUCCGGGGCUGGAAAUGUCAUUGGAGCACCAGAUACCUGUAUUAAUGAAAAAGACGCAGAUGAGCAGUGAUCGUGCCGGAUCGCAGUGCGGUCUGACGUCGCUGCUGCCGAUGUCUUGCCGCGGCCGUGCAGCGGCAUUUGCACGCGAUCUCCAUUCGCGUCUCCGCAACCUUGGAGCUUCGCAAGACGACGAUUGCGAGAGCAGUUGGCUCGCGCGCGACCAAACACACCGACCGACCACCGCAGGUCAACGCGAUCUCGACACGUUCUACGACUUUGAGCUCGAAUGCGAGAGUCCAUCUAGCCCCGUUGACGAAUUCGAUGCAGCAUUUCCUGAUCGUUCACCCACUGAUGAACAGGAACCACCUUUCUACGAUGUCGAGUCAGAUCCUGAAGUAAAGGAACAAGCAAAACUUAUGCUACAACAACCUGACAAACACAAAAAUGGUUUCAAAUUCUCCACUGUUUUCUUCACUGAUUGUCCACCAGUUAAACUUCAACCGGCUCCAAGAGAAAAUGGUCAUGGUGAUAAACCAUUAUUUUCACCGAUUACUUUUGAAGGGUGUGCACGACACAAUAGCUUUGAUGAAGUAGAUAAUGUCUCACCAUCAUCAACUUUAGUGGAAACGGAUAGAUUAAGCUUACCAACAAAUCAAGGAACAACAUUGGACAGUGAUUCAGAAUUCGAAUCCGCUAAAAGUGACCCUUCAGAUGGUGUUGAUGAAGUUUUGCAAAAUGAUAGUCGCUUAGAUAAUGAUGUUACUGAGUGUGUUGAAAACUUAUCUCUAACAGACGUAGAAAUUCCAAUUGAAGAAGAAACAUCGGCUGUUAUAACAGAUAAGCAAAGUUCAGUAUGUAAUGGAGAUAUUAAAGAGCCUUUAGAAAUUGUAACCAGUGAAGUUCUCGUCGAUAAGGAAGUUUCUCCUAUACCUGAUGUCGAACCAACACUUUUGAAAGUUGAGGUGCAUGAUGAGGAGGAUGACCGACCACAGCGAGUACGUCGUUGCUCUUCUCUGAAAACAGGAAAGACGCCGCCAGGCACGCCAGGUCGUAAAAAAAUUGUUCGAUUUGCUGAUGUUUUAGGCCUCGAUUUAGCCGAUGUUAAAACUUUUAUGGAUGAAAUUCCAGUCAUCCCAAAGUCUGCAUAUGAUGAUCUCACAGGCUGUGAUGUACAAAGCUCACCUCCAGUGCGCAGUGUGCCGCGCUUGGGUGCCCUAACACUGGUUCCCCUUUUCCAAUUGCCAGUAGACGUCACAGAAAAGCUUGAAAGGUUAAACGUGUGCCUAGAAAGUGCGCGAGUGUGUGAUGGUGUUCAUGUCACUAUAUGUGGGUCAGUAAGAGUGCGCAAUUUAGACUUCCAUAAGACCGUACAUAUACGGUAUUCAAUGAACCGUUGGAAAACAUACACCGACUUACAAACAACUUAUGUUCAGGGUUCAUGUGAUGGGUAUUCAGACCGUUUUCAAUUCGUUUUGUAUGCACCGAGCAUAACGUCAGGCCAGCGCCUCGAAUUAGCUGUACGAUUUCAAUGCAAAGGGCAACAAUUUUGGGAUAAUAACAGUGGGGCUAACUACAGUUUCGAUUGUUUGGCAUUAGGUGCGAAUAGCCUAGGGUGUUCGCCUCCCGGACCUCUACAUCCGACAGUAGACUGGCAUCCAUCGUUCUACUGACCCGGCACAGUAUCACCGGACAGGUGAAUAAGGUAGCCGAGAUGAGGGUCUCAGCAGCAGCCCGGUGGCGGGCGCAGAAGCAGAAGCCGCAGCUCUAACGCCCGUCACUGGUGACAUUCCUGUGCCUGUUUCUAAUGAUCAGGAGAGUGGACAAGAUAAUAAUGGUUCGUUGAUGCUUCAAGAUUGAAAGCGUUUUUGUGAUAUAAUGUAGUUUAGUCGUAGAUUAAUACUACAACGAGCGUGCGACUCGUUCCGAGUGCCAUUUGCAAUACGAUGUUUCGAUUAAUAACGUACAGUAGACUAUGUAUUUUCGAAUUUUGGUUAUUAGUUGUGUGGAGAGUCGUCCUAAAGGACAAUAAAUAUGCCGACAAGGCGCGGCGUAGUGUUACUGUGUCUGUACAUACACAGAGCGGGCUGCCGACAGUUCCCUUGUAACAUAGUGUGACAGAUGAAUUUGAAUGAUAUUGAUAUUUUAAUAUGAAUUUUACAAUCUAUUAGUCGUGUAAAAUAAUGUUUGUUUAUGUGCAAAAGCAUCACCUACGUAGUUAGAUGGUUUUAAUCACAAAAUGUUUUAUACGAAUUAGGUAUUGUAGUCAUAAAAUAUUCCUGAAGACAUUAAUUAUCAUCCCAUCCUGUUAGAUAGUUAUGAUGUGUCAUAAAUGUUUAAUAUUAGGUAACUCCUUGUGUAGGAGGUUGGAAUUAAAUGAAGUGGAUUCCUUAUGAAUAUUUAAAUAGCUAAGUCCCUAUGCGAAAAAUGUCUUUAUUAACUGUUUUAUAUUAUCACAUAUUAUACUGAUGUUAUGUCUAAUUAUAUUUUAUAUUUUUAUAUAAUAUAAACAUUAAUUCAUGACAUAUUUUCCUACACAAGAACUGAUAUAUAGUCAUAAUUAUUGUUUCAGUUACAAGAAUUUUAUCAACAAGACUUUUAGUGAUAUCUAAAUUAUUAAUACUUUUAAGCAAUAUAAGAGAAUAACUAUUUAUUACACAGUUUUCUAUUGUAUAUGUACCUGAAUUUUUAUGUGGCCAUAUUUAUUUUAUAAAUUGAUUCGUAAGAGCGCUGUCCUAUCAUAUUUAUAUAAUAAUGAUGAUAUUAUUGUUACAAUUGACACCUGUUUUAUUCAACAACUACCUACCUAAUAAAUGAAUACUUAUAAUUU